UAUGUGGCAUUGUAUACACCAAAAUAACAACAAAAAUUUGGAUCACUAAAAUUAAUUUUCAAUGGAGCCACCUGAAUUAGUUGAUCAUGCACAAAGUACACAGAACUGCUUUCCAAAAUCUUCAGUCAACAUUGGAGUCGAAGCAAGCACCGCAGGAGUGGAGCCAAGGGUUGAAGAUGCUAAUGAUGAUUCAAGAAUGCUGAGUACAAAUGAUUCGGGAAGCCCAGAAGGGACAUCAUUGGGGGAAGGACGAGAAGAUAAACGGCCAAAAGAAGAGACUGGUUCUCAUGCGGAUGAUGUGAAGAUUGAUGAAGAGCAUUUGAGAGCAGAACAGAUUUGUAGAAUAUGUCAUUUGGGGAACGAACCAUCAUCAUCAGGGAGCUCAGAACUCAUUCAGCUCGGUUGCCAUUGUAGAGGAGAACUUGGGAUCUCGCAUCGUUCUUGUGCUGAAACAUGGUUUCAGCAGAGAGGAAACAGAUUGUGUGAAAUUUGUAACAACACAGCAAAGAAUGUUCGAUUAAUUAAGGAUAUCAGUAUAUACAUAAGAGAUUACCAUGAAAUAAGACCGAUGGCAGUCGCUGGAUAUGAUUCCCCAAGAGAGAGUCCAAGGAGAUGUAAACAGUUCUGUAACUUUCUUCUAGCAUGUUUGGUAGUUGGCUUCAUAAUCUCAACGUUCUUGAGAGCCAGAAUGUUCUAAGUAUAGAUAUCUCGUGUUUGAGUCAUUAAUUUCCAGAAAGGAAUUCGUACCCUUUGUCGAAAUCUGUAAAGUUUAAGGGCUCAGCUUAGGCCAAUGCUUGAUCAAAAAUCACCCAACAAAAUGCUGAAUGUUCUCUUGCCACUUGUUAUCUCAAUAACGAGCAACACUGGAUUUCCUUGUUUUGUUUCAUUUAGGAAAUAAUCCCAAUCAAAGGACAAAAAAACCAUCAAUUUCAUGGACAAGUACAGUUUUGCAUUCUGACUUGCGAUUCCCUACCAAAGUUUCUACUGCAAGGCAAAUGUUAUAUGCACAGAUUGUGUAUCAUUACAUGUUGACAUGUGCAUUUUGGAUGCAGAACAUUGACACAUCAGUACUUCCUUGAUGGCUAAAACCAUUCUUCGGAUCCUUUUCCUUGUUUAACCUUCGAUAAUUAUCAAGGCCAUUACUGCAUUGUGCGACUGAGAUCACAUAUGAGAAAUGAACCUAGAACCCGAUUUCAGUGACAAAAAUGGAGAGCCGCGCUAAAACAGUCCGUGUUCAGUUUAGAGCCAGCCC